ACGUUAGAGUGGAAACAAGACUGGAAAAAAUAUUCAACGUGUCUCGAGGAGUGUUCCGACGAUGCUUUCGACAGCCGGGUACUGGCUAGUCGGGAUCACCGCGGCUGUGGCAUUCUGCGCGGUGCUUCUCUACCGCAAGGGCACGGAGACCUUCGACCACUGGAAGAACCGGGGAGUUCCCUUCGUGCCCGCGGUGCCGUUCCUCGGCAGCGCGCCCGGGAUGGUGCUGAAGACGUCCGCCCGCUGCGAGGAGUUACGGAGGCUGUACGACCGCCUGGACGGCCACCCUUGCGGCGGGCUGUUCGUCGCGACCACGCCGGUGCUCAUGCUGAGGGACCCGGAGCUCGUCCGUAAGGUGCUCGUCGAGCACUUCGAGUGCUUCACCGACCGCUUCGCCGCUCGCCCGGACGAGCACAGCCCGAUGGCGACCAACAUCUUCCAGGCGUGCGGGUCCCAGUGGCGCUUCCUCAGGAGCAAGAUGACGCCGGCCUUCUCCCCGGCCAGGCUCAGGACGAUGGUCGACACCAUGCGAGGGUGCUCGGAGGCGCUCUGCGAACAGUUGGGACCCGGGGCCGACAGAGGCUCGACCGUCGACGCCAAAGAGCUGUCGAAGAACUUCACCCUGGACGUCAUAGGCGCCUGCGUGUACGGGCUGCAGCUGAACUGCAUCGGCGACCCGGACCCCGUCCUGAAGCGCAUGGCCGAAGACACCACCAGCUUUUCCUGGCGCCUGGCCGCAGCCAGCUUCUUCGGGGCCAAAGUCCCGACGAUCAACUUCUGCGGCCUCAGGCCCGAGGUGGUCAGCUAUUUCUGGGACCUGGCCAAGACCGCCAUCAGGUACCGCAAGGAAGAAACUCGCGAAAGUAACGAUUUCCUGAAUAUCUUAAUCAAGCUGAAGGAACGGGGAUAUAUCGAGUCGGACGAAAAUGAAGAUUCCAGCGAGUCAAGGGGAUGUAAUCUCGACGAGAAAGAAGAUGCCCCUCUAAAGGUGACGGACGACGUAGUGGCGGCCCAGUGCCUGAUAUUCUUCGUGGCCGGGUUCGAGACCACCUCGGCCACCAUCGGCUUCUGCCUGUACGAGCUGGCGCUGAACGCGGACGUCCAGCGCCGGCUGAGGACCGAGGUCCUCCGGGUGUUGUCGCGCCACGACGGGGAGCUGUCCUACCCCGCCCUGAAGGAGAUGGACUACCUGCGCAAGGUCGUGGCCGAGACGCUGCGGAAGCACCCGCCGGCCUCCACGCUCGUGAGGACGUGCACGCGCGCCUGCGUGCUGCCGGGUACCAGGCUGCAGCUGCAGCCGGGGGACGUGGUGCUGGUGCCCAUACCCGGGCUGCACCACGACGAGCGCCACUUCCCGCGGCCGGAGCGGUUCGACCCGGAGCGGUUCAGCGCGGAGCGCGCGCGGCUGCGCCACCGCUACUGCUACCUGCCGUUCGGCGAGGGCCCCCGGGCGUGCAUCGGUUCGCUUCUCGGCAGCGUGCAGGUGAAGGUGGCGGUGGCGGCGCUGGUGUCGCGCUACGAGGUCCAGCCGUGCGCCAGGACCGCGGUGCCUCUGGUGCUGGACCCGAGGCAGAUAGCGCGCGCGGCGGCGGGCGGCGUGUGGCUCAAGGUCACCAGGGCCCCGCCCCGCCGCCCCUCCGAGGAGAACACUAGACACUAGACACCACGCGCGUCCGCCGUCGUAUCGCUGAUCCGUCGCUGAUUAUGAGAGUCGGCAACCCGUCGAUUUGGAUUUUAAAAACCUGGCAAGAAUACAUUUUUCAUAAAAAAAAAAGGGUUCUUUAAAUUUUUCGAUAAAAAAAAUAGUGGAAAUAGUUCCAUAUUACUAGAGACAUGCAAAACUCGCGGAUUCAUUUCGCGAUAGACUAGCAUCAAAACAACUAUACCUUCGUACCGCUUCUGUGAUUGGUCCACCUUUUAUCCGGGGAACUGUGAGCCAAUGGGAAAAACUAAACCAAGAAAGUGCCGAAUUGCGGACAGCCUAGUUGAGACGUCUCACGCGUCAGUAGCCAAUGAACAGGUGUCAUUUCCGCGAGUAUUUAAAGGACUGUGGAGUCUAUCCUAGAGGUCAAUGAAUCCGCGAAUUUUGCAGGUAUUAACAUAUUACGUAUCAAAAUUCAUCCCUUGACCCCGAUGUUAUUUUCCGGUAUAUAUUCUUGAUCAAACAAACAUUCUACUUUCGGAAGACAAAAAAAAAAUCUUGUGGAGAUACCUAUUUACUUUUGUUGUCUACUUACGAUCAUAAUUUAUUGUUUAUUUUUACAAGUGUUUGUCAUGUGCAGGAUCUUUCGAUGUACCAUGUUAAAACUGCAAGCACCAUGUAUCAAUAUUUACAGGAUCAUGUCACCAGGUUCAAGGGAAGAACUUGGAUACCUGAUGCACGUAACUUUUCCCCAGAUCGUGUUUUGUAACUUGGAAAAGUUAAAGCUCAUUGACUAAUAUAAAAAAAUUAAAAAA